AAAUAUUUGCUGAUUGAGGGGAGACUGUGACUGAGCAGUAUCGACAUUUUCGGAUUUACCAAGAAGUCUGGACAGUCAAUAGGUCAAUAGGAAAGUGUCCCGUUCACUUCUGAUCCGUGGUGUUUGAUAAGUGGUAGAACUAUGGAGUAUCCUCUGGUGUGGGUUCUCAUCCUGGUGCUGCUCAACUUCACUACAGAUGUCUCUGGCCAGGUGGUGGUUCCCUCGAAGAACCCCUUAGCUGUGGGCAGUAAUGUCACCCUGAACCUAGUUCCUCAAAGCCCCAUCAACAUAGGGACCUGGUCAUAUGAAACUACAAUCAUCGUCCUUUUCUAUCCUGUUGGCAGUAUUGUGAGUACAAGUUAUCGAGGCAGAGUCUUAUUCAACCGUUCCUCCUCAGAGCUGUCCAUAAGCUCUCUCCAACUCAACGACUCAGGACGAUAUACCGUGCAGGGAAUGGAGCCAGUCCUGUAUGCUGUGGUGACUUUGUCUGUCCAGGAGCCCAUUUCAAACGUGAUUCUAAGGGCCAACGCCACUGAUCUAGUGGAAUUGAACGACACUGCCAUUUUCACCUGCUCUGUCUCGUCUGGCACCUCCCUCUCCUACCGCUGGCUGAAUGGCAGCUCAGAGGUCACAGCUAGUGACAGAGUUCGGCUUGGUGGUGGGAACAGCACUCUCACCAUAAUCAGUGUGACACGAUACGAUGAAGGGCCGUUCAGAUGUGAGGUCAUCAAUGGAAUCAGCAACGGCACCAGCCAGCCAAUUGGCCUCAAUGUUAGAUAUGGCCCAAGUAACCUCACCAUGAUGGUAGUUCCUGAGAUGACCAUAGGACAUACAGCCUACAAGACGGGCUCUGACAUCACUCUGUCCUGCUCCGCUCAGUCCAAACCCGCUGAGUCCUACAAGUGGAGGUUUAAUGGGAUGUUCCUCAACGAGCAAAGCCCACAGCUCAGCCUGCAGAACACCAGAGAGAACCAGACAGGAAGUUACGCCUGCCUAGCCUACAACAAUGUCACACUCAGAUACGCCACCAUGAGCACAAUGAUAAAGGUUGUGGAGCCGAUAUCAGCGGUUUCGUUGAACCGUGAUGGGAAGCCACCAAUACUGGAUCAGUCGUUCACUCUGCGGUGUGAGGUGACUGGACCUGUAGACUACAUUCACUGGUUGAUGAAUGGCCAGCUCAUCUCCCUAAAUAACAGAACAUUCUUCUCUACCGACAACAACACAAUGGUUAUCAACCCAAUCCAGUUUUCUGACAAUGGAGAAUAUCUCUGUGAGGCCUUUAAUGCUGUUAGCAACCUGACCAGCAUGACAUACAAGCUUGUGGUGAACUUUGGACCAGAGAGACCUGCUGUAACUAGUCCGGAUAUAGCAAUGACAGGACACAGCGUGACCUUCAACUGCUCAGCCUCCUCUCAGCCUCCCAGUCAGUUCAGCUGGUUCUUCAAUGGCUCCCAGGUGGCAACUGGCUCAGUGUAUGAGACUGGAGCACUGAUCUUAGCCAGUAAUGGAGAGUACACCUGUGUGGCCUUCAACAACGUCACUGGCAGAAACAGAACUGUCUCCAAGAUGCUCAUUGUUGUUGAACCAGUCACCAUGGCCAUGGUGAAAGCAAUGGGAUCCCAGCCAAUUCUGAACCAGACAUUCUCUCUGACCUGUGGCACCGCUGGAACGGUUUACUCCAUUCAGUGGAUGAGGAACGGCUGGCCUCUGUAUGCUGACAACAGAACAGACUUCUCUAUGAACAACAAUACACUGACAUUCAACUCUGUCCAGCAUUCUGACAACGGAGACUAUCAGUGUUCUGCCUCCAACCCCCUCAGCAACAUGACCAGCCCAGAAUACAGACUGAUCGUCAACUAUGGUCCAGAGAGACCUGUUAUCAUGAGUCCGGAUAUAGCAAUGACAGGACACAGCGUGACCUUCAACUGCUCAGCUUCCUCUCAGCCUCCCAGCCAGUUCAGCUGGUUCUUCAAUGGAUCCCAGGUGGCAACUGGCUCAGUUUAUGAGAUGGGCCCACUGACCUUAGCCUGUCAUGGGGAAUACACCUGUGUGGCCUUUAACAACAUCACUGUCAGAAACAGCACUGUCUCCAAGAUACUCACUGUCGUUGCACCUGUGACCAUGACCAUUGUGAAAGUAAUUGGAGCCCAGCCAAUACUGAACGAGAGAUUCUCUCUGACCUGUGGCACCGCUGGAACGGUUUACUCCAUUCAGUGGAUGAGGAACGGCUGGCCUCUGUAUGCUGACAACAGAACAGACUUCUCUAUGAACAACAAUACACUGACAUUCAACUCUGUCCAGCAUUCUGACAACGGAGACUAUCAGUGUUCUGCCUCCAAUCCCCUCAGCAACAUGACCAGCCCAGAAUACAGACUGAUCGUCAACUAUGGACCAGAGAUGCCUGUUAUAACGGGACCAGCAUUAGGAGAAAUGGGACACAACUUGACCUUAAACUGCUUGGCCUCCUCUCAGCCUCUCAGCCAGUUCAGCUGGUUCUUCAAUGGCUCCCAGGUGGCGACUGGCUCAGUGUAUGAGAUGGGCCCUCUGACUUUUGCCAGUCAAGGGGAAUACACCUGUGUGGCCUUCAACAACAUCACUGGCAGAAACAGCACUGCUUCCAAGAUGCUCACCGUCAUUGAGGCUAUAAAGUCAGUGAUGGUGAAACGAAACAAAAUACCAAUAUCAUCUGACAACCUAACCCUGACCUGUGAUGUCACCGGGCGCUAUGACACCAUCUACUGGAUGAAGGACAACCUGUCUCUGGUCCUGAACAACACCUUGAACUCUGACAUAACCAUCUCUAACAACUCUCUGCACUUCAGUCCAGUCAAAGUGUCUAACGAUGGAAACUAUCAGUGCGUUGCCACCAACCUCCUUCGACCACACACCAGCCCUAAAUACCAGCUACUGGUGAACUAUGGCCCCCUGAGUGUGAACAUCUCUGGCCCAGUCUCAGUGGUGGUUGGCUCAGUAAUCACAGUCACGCUGAAGUGCUCUGCUGACUCCCGGCCAACCAGUGAUUACGGGUGGAUAUUCAACAACCAAUCAGUGCUAGGGACUGGCCCUUUGAUGGCUGUUAUCGCCUCCUUGGAGAAUGCAGGGGACUACACUUGUGUGGCCAAGAACCCUGUGACCAACAUCUCUAUGUCCAAGACCAUUAGUCUGGAUGUCACUGGCCACUCGCCUGCCCCUCCAUUCCUGUCCAGAGUUGGUCUGAUGCUGAUGGCCCUGCUAGCCCUCUCUCUCUGCCUAUGAUCAACCACUGAGACCACCACAGUAAGCACACUGCAUGUCUGUCUGCUGGCUGGGAGCCAAUCACUCCCUUCCCUCUACCUUCACUGACUCCCCUCACUGAUCUGAAAAAGGACUGGAUAGAAAUAAGUGGUUUUGUUUAUAUUGUACUUGCCCCAUCUUGCCACUAUAGGGCUGGGUUUAGUAUGCCCAGCUCCUUUCCAAUGCUUUUACAUUGUGAGGAGAGAGAACAAGAGGUCAGGUGGGAGGGGUCUAUCCCCUUAGAAUAGAACCCACCUCGACAGUGUGUUCUCUAUUCUCAUCUCUAUAAAUAAAAACAAAAAUCUUGAAAACUGGUCUUCAACAUGAUAAAUGAAAGGGCAAACAUCCAUUGCUCAGCAGCACUGCCUAGUUCUGUUUCUAAAAGUUCUUAGAUAUUUACUGCCCUUGUGACUGUGACUGUUGCCCUGGAGUCCAUUCACUGAGUCCCUUUCUGUGUUGUUCUGUGUUUGAUCAUGUAUGUAAACUCUGUUAUUUAAGUACAAAUUCAGGUUUAAUUAACUUGUAAAUACCUUAAAGGUAAAACAUUUCAAUUGAUAGUACAGUUAACUGGUGUUUAUGUAAAAUAUGACUUGUUUUUGCAUAAGCUUGUAAAUUCUCGGAGGAGACGCAGGCUUGUGGUGUUGUCUUAUGUUUAUAUUUCCUCGUCAUUAAUUAUUGUCUUAAAUAAAAUGUUGUCUUUUCACACCUGUCCUACUGAA